UUAAACGCUUCGAUCUCACGCAGAAACGCAUACGCACACUCUUCUGAAAACCUAUCUUUUUCUUUCUCUCGAAACAGCAAAGAGAGAAACGCAACGCAACCAUGGCGGCAACUGUAACAAGUGCGUGGGCGAAACCUGGCGCCUGGGCUCUGGACUCCGAGGAACACGAAGACGAGCUUAAACAAGAACAAACCCAUGCCAACACCAACGACCGUGCUGCGGCGGCGGCGAUGUCUGAUUUCCCUGACCUGAUGACGGCCGCAGCCACCAAAACGAAGAAGAAGAAGGGACAGGCUUUAUCUCUUGGCGAGUUUGUAACUGGGUCGACGAAUAAGCCUUCCGGUCAGACUUAUCAGGCGGCGAAGGGGUUAACCGCUGAGGACAUGAUGAUGCUUCCUACCGGUCCACGCCAGCGGACUGCUGAGGAAUUGGACCGGACUAGGUUAGGCGGUGGGUUUAGAUCUUACGGUGGUGAUAGGAACAGCGAUUCGUCGAAUUCGAGAUGGGGUUCGGGUAGGGUUAACGGCGGUGGUGGUGAUGAGGGUCGUAAAUCGACUAGGGAACCUUUGGGUCCUUCACGUGCCGAUGAGAUUGAUGACUGGGGGGCAGCGAAGAAAUCAACGAUUGGCGGUGGUGGUGGAUUUGAGAGAAGGGAGAGAGGAGGAGGAGGAGGAGGCGGGUUUUUUGAGGGCUCGCAUUCCCGUGCUGAUGAAUCGGACAGUUGGGCAUCAAACAAGAGCUAUACUCCAUCAGAAGGGCGAAGGAAUGGUGGGGGAUUUGACAGGGAGAGAAGAAUGGGGUUUGAAUCGAGUGGGGACGCUGAUACUUCUGAUAAUUGGGGUAGAAAGAAAGAAGUUGAAACCCGGAGAUUCGGUGGUGGUGGUGGUGGUGGGAAUGCGUUUGAUAGUUUAAGAGAUCGCCGAGGUGGUAUCGACUCUUCUGAUUCAGACACUUGGGGGAAAAAGAGGGAGGAAGUGAGCGGCGGCGGUGGUGGUGGGAGUAUGAGUAGACCCAAGCUUAAUUUGCAGCCUAGAAAGUUGCCGGUGGGAGACGUUGUUGACACCGUGGGAGCUGUGAAACCAAAAGGUUCAAACCCAUUUGGGGAUGCACGUCCAAGAGAACAGGUGUUGAAGGAAAAGGGUGAAGACUGGAAGGAGAUGGAUGAAAAGCUCGAAGCCAUGAAAAUUAAAGAAUUAGGUUCUGGAGAUAGAAUGAAAAGAGGCAUCGGAAGGGCAAGAUCCAAUGAAGAUUCAACUGAGAGGAGCUGGAGAAAGGACCAAACCAAUGAUGCUCCUCCUCCAAGUGGUGAGACAGUUGAAAAUGGACAUACUGAAGAACCUGCAGAAGAAGAAGUAGGAGGAGAAGAAGAAGAAGAUGCACAGAAGUGAUUUGAGAUAAAGAAGAAGAAGAAGAAGAAGAUAUAAUGGCAAGUUUUGUGUUCUAUUUUUCCAUGUUUUUGUUGCUACUGUUACAAGUUUUGAUAGACUUCUUGAUGAGUAGAGUGAUUUUUGUAGGACUAAAUGCAUACUUUGUGUUAAUUUAUUAUUGUUACUAUGUUUCCUCUUUAUAA